AAGAAAAAAAAAAGGAAAAAUAUCUUUACUUUUAGAGAGAGAGAGAGAGAGAGAGAGAGAGAGAGAGAGAGAGUAUGCUAAACAUGGGGGUUUUGCGUUAUGUUCUUGUGGCAUGUCUCAUUGCCAUAAGUAACCAUGUUAAUGUAGCAUCUGCGGGAAUCACCAGGCGCUACAAGUUCGACAUUCAACUGAAAAACGUGACAAGAUUGUGCAAGACAAGGUCGAUCUUGACGGUGAACGGGAAAUUCCCAGGGCCUAGGGUUAUCGCAAGAGAAGGAGACAAUCUACUGAUCAAAGUGGUUAAUCAUGUCUCUACCAAUAUCUCCAUCCACUGGCAUGGGAUCAGACAGCUAAGGAGUGGAUGGGCGGAUGGACCAGCCUAUAUAACACAGUGUCCAAUUCGGACAGGACAGAGUUACGUGUACAACUUCACGGUCACCGGGCAAAGAGGAACGUUGUGGUGGCACGCCCACAUCACGUGGGUGAGAGCCACUGUGUAUGGCCCCUUGAUCAUCCUUCCCAAACUCCACGACUCUUACCCUUUCCCCAAGCCCUACAAGCAGAUCCCCAUUAUCUUCGGGGAAUGGUUCAAUGUUGAUCCUCAGGCAGUGAUUCAACAGGCUCUUCAGACAGGUGGAGGCCCAAAUGCUUCAGAUGCCCACACCAUCAAUGGGCUUCCAGGCCCAUUAUAUAAUUGUUCUGCAAAAGAUACAUACAAGUUGAAGGUGAAACCGGGGAAGACAUAUCUCCUGAGACUGAUCAAUGCUGCACUCAAUGACCAACUCUUCUUCGGCAUAGCCAAUCACACGUUGACAGUUGUCGAAGCCGAUGCCAGCUAUGUUAAGCCCUUCAAAACCAAUGUCCUCGUCAUCGGACCGGGGCAGACCACGAACGUUCUGCUCAAGACCAAACACGUUUCUCCGAACGCGACGUUUUUCAUGCUGGCAAGAACUUACUUCGUAGGUCAAGGCACUAUCGAUAACACGACCGUCGCCGGGAUUCUCGAAUACGAACGUAAGGCUUCGAAUUCUCCAAAAACUCGGCCCGUUCUGAAGCCUGCUCUUCCUGCCAUCAAUGCCACGGGCUUCGUCGCGAAUUUUUCAAACAUGUUUAGAAGUCUAGCGAGUUCUAAGUUUCCGGUUGACGUACCGAAAACCGUGGACCGGAAAUUCUUUUUCACGGUCGGUUUAGGGACAAACCCUUGUCCGAAGAACCAAACAUGCCAAGGACCCAACGGCACGAAAUUCGCGGCGUCCAUCAACAACGUGUCGUUCGUGUUACCAAACACGACGUCAUUGUUGCGAUCGUAUUUCUUUGGAAAAUCCAAUCGUGUAUUCACGACCGACUUUCCGAGUUCGCCUAUUUUUCCGUUUAAUUACACGGGGAUGCCACCGAACAACACGAUGGUCGCGAGGGGGACAAAGGUCGUGGUGUUGAAGUACAACACAACUGUCGAGUUAGUGUUUCAGGACACGAGCAUUCUGGGUGCUGAGUCACAUCCUCUGCACCUUCAUGGGUUCAAUUUCUAUGUGGUCGGUCAAGGGUUCGGAAAUUUCGACCCGACCCGUGACCCGAAACGGUUCAAUCUCCUCGACCCGGUCGAACGCAACACCGCCCUUGUCCCCGCCGGUGGCUGGAUUGCCGUACGUUUCCGCGCCGAUAACCCCGGUGUAUGGCUGAUGCAUUGCCACAUCGAAAUUCAUCUGAGUUGGGGACUGACCAUGGCUUGGGUGGUCCUGGAUGGAGACCUUCCGAAUCAGAAACUCCCGCCUCCACCGUCCGAUUUCCCAAAGUGUUGACUCUGACCGAUCCAACGGCUCUACCAUCGCCACGUCACCUUAUUUUUUUCUCUCGUAAAUUAUGCACUUGAUUCCUGAUGUGUUCCUCCUUUUGUCCUUUUGCGUUUGGUUUUUCACCUGAGAACUCUGAAUUUUGCUUCUCUCUUUAUUUUGCUGUUUCUUUUUCUGCGUCUGUAAGAAGAGUGAAACUGAAAGAGCUUUGUUGCGGUAAUAAUUUCUCUGCACGAUAUUUUUCACAUCAAAUAAAAGAAGUAAAUUUUUUUUAA